AUGUUCAGCGUUAUAUGUUCAGCGUUACAUCCCUUUACGCCAACCCCAUUAUUCAGCGUUAUAACAUCACCAAACGCCCACCGCAUCAGUACAUCCCUUAUCCAACCCCAUAUAUUCAGCGUUAUCAGGACUUCUUCUAUAACAUCACCAACGCCCACCGCAUCAGUACAUCCCUUAUGCCAACCCCAUAUAUUCAGCGUUAUCAGGACUUCCUAUAACAUCACCAACGCCCACCGUAUCAGUACAUCCCUUACGCCAACCCCAUAUGUUCAGCGUUAUCAGGACUUCCCUAUAACAUCACCAACGCCCACCGCAUCAGUACAUCCCUUAUGCCAACCCCAUAUGUUCAGCGUUAUCAGGAUUUCCCCUAUAACCAGAUAUCAGUACAUCCCGCCAACCCCAUAUAUUCAGGACAGGAUUUCCCAUCAUAAGCCCAUCAGUACAUCAAUGGUCCCCACCGUAUCAGGACUACAUCCCACCGCAUCAGUACAUCCCUUUACGCCAACCCCAUAUAUUUCAAAAAACCACCAACGCCCACCGCAUCAGUACAUCACUUAUCCCCCCAUAUGUCCAGCGUAA